GAAAGACUGGAUCACUUUCGUCUGAGCGAUGGCCGCAGUCAGAAGUGAAUUCCCCAGCGAACCGUACAGUAAUACCAACAACAAUACCUCCACCAAAACCGAUUGCCUGAGGUCCGUGAAAAAACGAGUGACCACGUGUUUGAAGCAGUUGUGCGAAAAACUCCAGGCACCCGGAUCUUUUCGCAAGAGUUCCUCCAGCCGAUUCUACAAGAUAUUCGUGAAGGCCGAUUAUUCCGGAUUUGGGGAGAAAUCGAAAUUUGUGCGCCAAUUUCAGAAGAUCUUCAAGUCGGCGCGAAAACCCGAGUCGCCGGAGUUGUGGAAAGUGCCAUUGGCCCAUGACGUCACUGGGCAGAACAGCCAGCAGUUGCAAAUCGUAGCCAGACUUUUCUCAUCCACUCUGGUUUCCACCGAGGAGAUCACCUAUCACACCAACAUCAACAGCUACAAGAGCCGGAAAAGUCAGAGCUACGACUGCGACAUGACCAUUAUCGAGAGCAACUAUAUAGCUGUGCGCGAGGAGUAUCCCGAUAUCGACACCGAGGUUCGCGCCAUAUUGCUCAGCCACGCCCAGAAUGGAAUCACGAUAUCGAACAUCAAAAGUGAAUAUCGAAAACAGACGGGCAUUCAGUUUCCACUGCACGACAACGUGACGGACUUCCUGUUGACCAUUCCGAAUGUGACCGCCGAGUGCAGCGAGUCCGGCAAGCGGAUCUUCAACCUGAAGCCAAAUGCGAAGAACCGCCACUUGCUGGACAUGGUCCUCAACCAGAAGCAGCGCACCAGCGACUACAGCAGUGGAACUCCUUCCGUGGAGGACAAUCCUCGUCCGCCACCACGCUACUGGAAGUUCCCCUACAAACGUCGAGCUAUUUCCCAGCUGGACAACAACCUGAACACCAGGCCGAAACUGGAGGAUCACCAGUUCAAGGCGAUAACCACCAAGACGACUCCACUGCACCAAUUGGCCAAGGAGGCAGCGGAGUCGAACUGGUGCUAUCAGGACAAUUGGAAACAUCUCAACAACUUCUACCAGCAAUCCAGCGCAAAUGAACCGCAGAGGCCGGUGCCCAUCAACAUCUACAGCGAUCCUCCGGAGGAGCGGACUCAGUUCGCAGUUCCCGAGCUUCCACCACACUGCAGGAACCCCAACCAGAAUACCAAACAGAACGUAAACCAGCAUUUGGGAAUCUUUGUGAACCCAUUCAACGAUAUGAAUGUACUGAAGAAACGCCAUGAUAUGACCCCCACACCCACGACAUUAUCCAGUGGAAUCUACAGCGAUUCGAUACUGACGAUCAGUUCGGAUUACGAUGCCUACCUACUGGACUUUCCACUCAUGGGCGAUGACUUUAUGCUAUAUCUCGCCCGUAUGGAGCUCAAAUGCCGAUUCAAGCGCCACGAGCGGGUCCUUCAGUCAGGACUCUGCGUCUCCGGACAAACGAUCAAUGGCGCCCGGAAGCGGUUGAAGAAAGUCCAUCUGACCGAAGGCACCCAAAUCAUCGUGAACAUUGGAUCGGUGGAUAUAUUGUGCGGGAGGCCGUUGGUUCAGAUCGAACACGAUUUCCGCCUGCUGAUCAAGGAGAUGCACAGCCAGCGACUUGUGCCGAUCCUCACAAAUCUGGCACCGCUGGCCAACUACUGCCACGAUAAGAUCCUUUGCGACAAGGUCCAUCGGUUCAACAAAUUCAUCCGCAGCGAGGGAAGUCACCUGAAAUACAUCGACAUUCACUCCUGCCUGAUCAACGAAAGGGGCAUUGUGCGAUUUGAUUGUUUCCAGAGCUCACCCCGUCAAGUCACUGGCUCCAAGGAGCCAUAUCUGUUCUGGAACAAAAUCGGGCGGCAGCGCGUGCUGCAAGUUAUUGAAUCGAGUCUGGAGUACUAGGUUGGGUUCCUAGUCCAGAUAUAUACUGACUGGGCUGGCACCAGAACCAACCAUGAAGAUUUUUGAUGAUGUUUUUACAAUUUAUCCACGCUGAUUGAUCGCUGUUUUUACGGAAUUCGCUUAAUUUUAAUGUGUUUUAUAUGUAUGUCCCCUGUCUUUGUUAAUAUAUAUAUAUGUGUUUGUGUACUUGUGUUAGUCCCUUAUUGUAAAAAAUUAUGUGUUUUGUGUUACUCUCCUAGAUUUUAAAUUAUUUCUUUUCCACUGCCUGUAAUAUGUAUUGUAUAUUCCAUUGAACUUCUGCACACUUUUUGCUGCUAUCCCAAAAGCUGUGUAAAAAUUCAAAUACGAAAUAAUUGCAGGCAGUUGGAAACUUUUCUCAAAACUUUUUCACUUUUUCCAAACCAUUUUCCCUUGAAAUCUGCAUGAUAAAUCAGAUUGCAAAGCAAAAUGGAAUUUAAAUGCAAUCAUUGCAAAUGUUAUAAACUGUUUUUUGUUCUACGUUUUUUGUUGGCCAAAAUGCUUCAUGCUCCUAUAUAACAACCUGCCACUCCCCCUUCCAAAAAAAGGGCGGAGUGGGACGUGGUCUGUAUACAUUUGAGCCAUGCUGCAUAUUGGCUAUAAUGAAAAUGCACUUGCUCCACUUAAAAAAUUCGCUUGCACAGAAUCAACGCCGCGGCUGAUUUAUUAUUAAUGUGCUCAAGCAAAUUCAAGUGAAACAUUUGCGCGAUUUUCGUCUUCCUGUUUCCGUUGAAAAAGUUUAUAAAAAGCUUACACUCUGCUGCAGACACGCCACCGGAAGUGCGCACUAAGCGUGUUUCAGCUGCACAGUGUAGAAUUACAGUGUAAUUUACUGCUCUCCUCUAAACUCUUCUAGAUAGCUAUCUACUAUUUAUAAACUUAUUUAUUGUCUUGAAUGUAUGUUAAUUGUAUGUUUCGAUGGUGAUCACGUUUUUUUUGUCCUAUAACAAGAAGCAAUGUAAAAUCCAAAAAAAAAUGAAAAAAUAAAUAAAACAAGGGAAAAUAUAA